AUGGCGACGCCCGGAGUGGACGCCGCGCUGGAGCUGCUCCGGCGCCUCUCGGGGCUGCGGGAUCCCGUGGAGGAGCUGCGGGAGCUGCGCGUGGCCGUGCAGUCGCUGCCCCCCGGCGCUCUCCUGGAGCGGGGGCCGGAAUUCCACCUGGACGGGCUCUUCGUGCUCAUGGCGCAGGGUGACAGUGAGCAGAUCUCCUCAUGCAUUGCCAUCCUGGAUCGGCUCCUCCAAGCCAUGGAUCCCUUAUAUGUAAUCCGAAACUUCGGGGAUCAACUUCAGAAAGGCCUCUUCCAUCAUGAUGAUUUGGUCAAAAUUCUUACUAUAUCUCAGGUUGGAAGAAUAGCCGAAGACCAGCUUGCAGUUAAAGAAAUCCUCAGCACUCCAGAAUUGCUGAGGCAGAUCAUUUACUGCAUUGCUGCAGAGAAGAUGUCCGUGGCCCGGGAGGCCAUCAAGUCCCUGUCAAGGACAGCAGAAUCCCCUGAAGGGCUGGAGGUGUUGCUUGCUGGCAACUUCCUGGUUGACUUGAAAAACGUCAUGGCCAAGAGCGAUGUCAUACGCUACCGAGUGUACGAGCUCGUUGUCAACAUCGCCUCAUCGUCGCCGGAUUCUCUGAACUACUGCGUGAACAGUGGCUUGCUUUCGCAGCUGAUUGAGGAGCUGACCGGGAACGACAUGCUUGUCAGAGCUACCUGUAUUGAGAUGGUGACGUCUCUCGCCCACGCUCCGCAUGGGCGUCAGUAUCUUGCCCAGCAAGGAGUCAUCGACAAGAUUUCCAACAUUAUCAUUGGGGCAGAGUCAGAUCCUUUUUCCAGCCUCUACUUGCCAGGCUUUGUGAAGUUUUUUGGCAACCUGGCCAUAGUCGACAGCCCAGAACAGGUCUGUGAGCAAUACCCCGUCUUUAUGAAGAAGGUCUUCAGCAUGGCGGAAGGCCACGACCCAACCACGUAUGGUGUGGCCGUGGAUACGCUUGGGAUCUUGGGUUCGACCUUGGAGGGGAAGCUGGUCUUGCAGAAGCUGGGGAGGCGAUUUCAUCACAUGCUAAAUCGAAUGGGAUGUCAGGCAAAGAGCGCCCCGACAGAGGUGCGGGUCCGAUGUCUGGAUGCCCUGGCAUCUAUUUUCUACUUACCUCCAGAGCAGCAGACAGAAGACUUCCUGGGAAUGGUAGAGUCCUGGUUCUCCUGCCUGUCUAGCCAGCCGCUGGAACUCUUCAGGGGCAUCAGUACCCAGCCGUUCCCUGACCUCCACUGUGGUGCCUUACGGGUCUUCACUGCCAUCGCUAACCAACCCUGGGCCCAGAGGCUGAUGAUCGCUAGCCCAGGCUUUCUGGAAUAUGUCGUGGACAGAUCGGUGGAUCCUGAUAAGCCUUCCAAGGAAGCCAAAUACGAACUCGUCAAGGCCCUCGCCAGUUCCAAGACAAGCGCGGAGAUCUUUGGGAACCAGCAUUUUCUAAAGCUUCAGGGUUAUAUGCAUGAAGGGCCUUAUUACGUCAAGGCUCUUUCCACCCCGGCUGUGGAAGGGGCUGAUUAAUGCUUGCCCAGGGACGUAAUUUCCUU